CACAACGAUUGAUCACCUGGCUUGCGCUCAUGUCUCCUGGUAUAUAGACACGUUCUCGCUGCCUGCAAUAUUUACAGCCCGUGAAUCGAGCAGCGAUGAAGCAGCGGAGUCCUCGUCGAGAAAGCCGGUCACAUUCUCCCGCGCUUGGUCAAUAAUUCACGAUCGCCAGUUUCGAUCGCCGGCGCACAACGUUAUUGACAUCCUCAUGCGAUUGAGCAGCGAAAAAUAUGUACGGGCAGUUACUAACGACUUUGGCGCGCUCGCAAGAGGACCACCGCAAAAGUCAGCUUGCCAGCAUGAGACCGCCGAAUUCGCAAGAUGGACCAUCGCCGUGCCCACGUCUGACGCCACGACGGACAUGUUCCACUCACCACACUAACCGACGCGAACCUUUCCCAGCCAGUACACGUCCAUUUGCCCUCGGGAGGGUUCCCCACUCAAGUCUUCCCUUACAGCGCCGACAGCUUCAACACAGUUGUCCAGGGCUGUUACGAUGUUCGGCUUUCCAACCCCAUGGCCAAUGCAUUCGAGACAUGUCCGUCGCCCAGCCCAUCCUGUGGUAUGUCGAGGUCUGGCGCCUAGUUGGCAUUUCUAGCCUGAGGUUGCUCUUGACUCGGAUGCUGAUGCGGAUGCGCCAACUGUAAGUUCCCGGCCCCGGCCCACCACUUCUUUGCGAGAUAUUGUGUGCGUAUCGC